AUGUCCUACGUUUUAACUGAAACCCCAGCAGGUUAUGCCUUAUUAAAGGCUUCUGAUAAGAAAAUCUAUAAAUCCUCCAGUUUAUUACAAGAUUUAGAUACUACUGACAAAGUUUUAAAGGAAUUUAAAAUUGCAGCUUUCUCUAAAUUUAACUCUGCUGCAAAUGCCUUGGAAGAAUCUACUGCCAUCAUUGAAGGUAAGGUUUCUCCUCAAUUAGAGAAACUUUUAGAUGAAAUUAAAAAAGAUAAGAAAACCACUUUGAUUGUUUCUGAAACUAAAUUAGCUAAUGCUAUUAAUAAAUUGGGCUUAAACCUUAACAUUGUUUCUGAUGCUGUCACUUUAGAUAUCUAUAGAGCUGUUAAGGAAUACCUACCAGAUUUGUUACCAGGUUUGAGUGAUUCUGAUUUAAACAAAAUGUCCUUAGGUUUAGCCCAUUCCAUUGGUCGUCAUAAAUUAAAAUUCUCUGCUGAUAAAGUUGAUGUCAUGAUUAUUCAAGCCAUUGCCUUAUUAGACGACUUAGACAAAGAAUUAAAUACAUAUGCUAUGAGAUGUAAGGAAUGGUACGGGUGGCAUUUCCCAGAAUUGGCCAAAAUCGUCACUGAUUCUGUUGCAUACGCUAGAUUAAUCUUAACCAUGGGUAUUAGAUCUAAGGCUUCUGAAACUGAUAUGAGUGAAAUUUUGCCAGAAGAAAUUGAAGAACGUGUUAAAACUGCCGCUGAAGUUUCUAUGGGUACUGAAAUUACUCCAACUGAUUUAGAUAACAUUAAAGCUUUAGCUGAACAAAUCGUUGAAUUUGCUUCUUACAGAGAACAAUUAUCUAACUAUCUAUCUUCAAGAAUGAAGGCUAUCGCUCCAAACUUGACUCAAUUAGUUGGUGAAUUAGUUGGUGCUAGAUUAAUUGCUCAUUCUGGUUCUUUAAUCUCUUUAGCCAAAUCACCAGCUUCUACUAUCCAAAUCUUAGGUGCUGAAAAAGCUUUAUUCAGAGCUUUAAAGACUAAGCAUGAUACUCCAAAAUAUGGUUUAUUAUACCAUGCUUCUUUAGUUGGCCAAGCUACUGGUAAAAAUAAGGGUAAGAUUGCUAGAGUUUUAGCUGCCAAGGCUGCCGUCUCCCUACGUUAUGAUGCUUUAGCUGAAGAUAGAGAUGAUGCUGGUGAUGUUGGUUUAGAAGCUAGAACUAAGGUAGAAAACAGAUUGUCUCAAUUAGAAGGUAGAGAUCUAAGAACUACUCCAAAGGUUGUUCGUGAAGCUAAAAAGGUUGAAAUAACCGAAGCUAGAGCUUAUAACGCUGAUGCUGAUACUAUUCCAGCAGCUGAAGCUGAUUCUGACGAUGAAAGUGAAGAUGAAUCUGAAGAAAAGAAGGAAAAGAAGGAUAAGAAAAGAAAGAGAGAUGAAGAUGAAGAUGAAGAAAAAGAAGAAAAGAAGAAAUCUAAGAAAGAAAAGAAGGAAAAGAAGGAAAAGAAGGAAAAGAAGGAAAAGAAAGACAAGAAGGAAAAGAAAGACAAGAAGGAAAAGAAGGAUAAAAAGGAUAAAAAAUCCAAGAAAGAAAAGAAAUAA